AUGCCAGUGCAAUUGUCAAAUGAACCAAAAUCUGAAAUAACUUUUUUCAAUGUUUUAAAAAUAUCUAUACUUCUAGUUCCAGCAAGGUGGGAAGCGACCUCAAAAGCCGCAUGGACGCGCCGCGCCAUUCCGGAUAUAGGUAGAUGGCUAGGCAGAACUGUACCGUUAGUGCCUCUGACGUUUCACAUGACACAGGCAUUAACGGGCCACGGAUGCUUUCAAUGGUACAUGAACCGGAUGGCGAGGGCUGACAGCCCACACUGCUACCAGUGUUUGGAAAACUCCGACACCGCAGAGCACACAUUGUUUGAGUGCUCCUAUUGGGAUCGAUUCCGCGACCAGCUGAGCGCCCAGUUAGGUCGUCGACCGACCGCGGCUGAUCUUCCUCGGAUUAUUUGCGGCCCAGAGUUUGAAAUACUCCCGGCGGAUCUCACUGAGAAGUCCGCGAUACUAAGAGACGCCGAGGAACAAUUCAGGCUGUUUUACGGUAUGGUGGAAGGCAUUCUGUCCGCGAAAGAAGAGGAGGAAAGAGCCCGGCAGACCGUCAUAGCCCGAGACGCGACGGCGGAAGAUGAGACCUAG